AUGUCCUCCGCCUCUUCCUCUUCCUCCGCCCAUUGGCAGGACCAGCAGCAUGACCGGGACGCGGGGCGCGAACCCUGCCCUGACCGCAUAGUGGAGGACCUCGGCGGCGCCUUCGGCAUGGGGUGCAUCGGUGGGUUUCUGUGGCACUUUGUCCGGGGCGCGCGGAAUUCGCCCAAGGGGGAGCGUUAUGAACUGCAAAAGUAUCGUACUCGUAUAAAUGCAUUACAAAUUUUCUCAGCGGGAGAAAUGAAAUUUGUAAUGCUGAUUUACCUUAAAAGAGAGAUUUGUAAUGCAAGACUUGCAUUUAUACGAAUGCGAUACUUUUGCACAGAAUAAGCGCUUCGCGGGGGCGAUGUUUGCGGCCACCAGCCGCGCGCCCAUACUCGGAGGGAACUUCGUAUGGAAGCCUCAGGAUCGAAAGGGACAAAAUCGAAAAAUUUGUGAUGCAUAAGAUGGAGGGCACGCAUGGCCUGUGUUGGGGAGCAGGCAAAAGAGGCCGAGUGCAAGCCUGUUCUGGGGAAGACGAUAUGCUGCUGCCAGAGUAGCAUGACAGGAGCAGUCUUCUUUGCCCAAACAGCAUGACAGACUGGAUGUUGGCGCUCCCGAAAUUUGUUAUGCGCCACUUGGCAACUGCGGCUCCAACUGGUAUCGAUUUUAUGCAUUACAGAUUAUUCCGACUUUGUCGAUUUCGAUCGUGACACUUCCAUACUUCGCCGUCUGGGGCGGGACCUUCAGCUCCUUCGACUGCACGCUGCAGUACCUGAGAAAGACAGACGACCACUGGAACAAUAUCAAAGUGAAAAAAGCCCCCGCCCCAUUUCGGAAACGGAAGAUGCGCGAAUUUGUGAUGCUGUAUUUGAGUACACAAAUCAACUUGUAUUGCUAGAAGGCCAAGAGACGAAGCUGCGGCCUAAAUUGCAGGUAAUCUGUCAUGCUGUUUCCCACUUCCAGUUGCCUACUGUCAUCCUGGAGCUGCAAGGCUUUCCCACGCUAGACAGCACUACAGUCCGCAUCUUUUGCCCUCUAGCAUCACAAAGCUGAUUUGUGACCACAAAUCUGCAUCACAGAUUUCCGUUUUGAUAUGGGGAGGGGGCGUUUUUCAUUGUAAUAAACAACAUCGCCGGCGGGUUUUUGACGGGUACUGAACUGAAAAUUUACUUUUUGGACGGUCGUGCCGUGUUCUGUUACUGUUUUCGCGAUUCUGCUCGUAAUCGUCCAGUAGUUUGAGAUUGUUGGAUCUCCUGCAGAAGUUUGUCAUGCAAAAGGCACUUCAACAUCAACCAACGUUAUAUGAGCACUUAAGUACUUUAUCACAGGUGGCGUCCUCGCUGCGCGUGCCGGAUGGAAGCAAGCCGGGAAGUCCGCGGUGAUGGGUGGCGUCAUCCUCACCGUGAUAGAGGGCGUCGCCGCGCUGCUGAUGCGGUCCACGACAAAAACGCCACGGGAAGAGGCGCUGAACAUGAUAGAAAUGGAGAGACAGCAAAAGGAGCAGGCGGACAGAGCAGCGAGCGGGGUUAGUGGUGGUGGGUCGAUGACAAAUAGUAGUUUGUCGGACUACUUGUCGUGGGGAAGGAGCGGCUCAACAACUACAACUCCUUCCGAAGAGGGAACAACUUCGUCCUGGUUCAGCUCUUUUUCACAGAUACCAGGAGCUACAACGACUGGCGCAAAUGGUGGGGGUGUCGAAAAUAAGGAUAAUUCGAGCAGUUACUUCUACUUUAAAGACGAAGAACCAUUGACGACCGGCCCGGGAACUACUGCCCCACCAGUGGGCGGAGGGGGUGCCCCGACCUUUCAGUAACAGGGAGACGGUUGUUUCUUCGGCGACGUUGUUGGGGCGGCUCCUUCUGGCCUUGUUCCAACUUUUGCGAGAGGACCGCUGUUCGUUCUUGCUACGAAUUUUUUAUGAUGCGGCGAAGAUGAAACAAAUGAGAUUACUUCAUCUUUAUCGAUUUCGCGGAGAUUCGUUCUAACCCGACGAGUAUUAGCUUCUUUGAUUAAGGUCAAAUUGCGCGACAUAAUUCAAACACCUGACGACUGCUUGUUGAUGAUAUCAGUCUCAUCUGCAGCGAGUACUAUUGUUUCGAUGAAAGUUUCCUUUUCAACAUAAUUGAUUCGCAUAGAACAAGAAGAUACGCAGCGAGCAAGGAAAAU